AUGCUUUCAGCAGUUAUCCGUUCCGUACUUUGCUACCCAGCGAUGCCCCUGGCGGGACAACUGGAGCACAAGUGGUACGUCCAUUCCGGUCCUCUCGUACUAAGAACAGCUCUCGUCAACAUUCCUACGCCCACAGCAGAUAGGGACCAAACUGUCUCACGACGUUCUGAACCCAGCUCACCCGACAUCGAGGUGCCAAACAUUCGCCGUCGAUGUGAACUCUUGGGCGAUAUCAGCCUGUUAUCCCCGGCGUACCUUUUAUCCGUUGAGCGAUGGCCCUUCCACACGGAACCACCGGAUCACUAA